AUGAAGUACUCGACGGGUGAACAAAGGCGUAGCUGCCACACUACCCAAGUGAUUAACCGGUCGUCAUCACCAAUCCAUCUCCUAAUCUCGCGAUCACUGGCCCUACCGAAAGGAGUAUCAGACGACUUCCCAACGGAGUUUUCCCAGCGCCUAUCUAAAGUCGGCCUGAGAAAGAAACCGAACCGAGCCAUUACCUACCCUGGCAUGUACAUCGCGGACUGGGUAGGUAGUCAGAUGAAUGGAAUGUCUCUCGGGACUGAGGAGGAUCAUUUCAAGGCCGAUGAAGCCUUAUGUCCAAGAAAGUAA